AUGGAGGUCGCGAUGCUGAGCGAGGAGGGGGAGGAGGAGGAGGAGGAGGAGGCGGAGGAGGACGAGGACGAGGAGGAGGAGGAGGAGGGCAGGUGCUACUGCAGCGAGGACGAGCGCGCCGACGACUCCUACAGCGACCCGCUGCCGCCCGAGGACGCGGGCGGCUAUGGCGCCGCGCGCUCCCGCGACUGCUGCGAGCGCGUGGUCAUCAACGUCUCGGGCCUCCGCUUCGAGACGCAGAUGAAAACGCUGGCCCAGUUCCCCGAGACCCUGCUGGGGGACCCCGAGAAGAGGACUCAGUACUUCGACCCUUUGCGGAACGAGUACUUUUUCGACCGGAACCGGCCCAGCUUUGACGCCAUCCUGUAUUACUAUCAAUCCGGGGGCCGCCUGAAGAGGCCCGUCAACGUCCCGUUCGACAUCUUCACCGAGGAGGUCAAGUUCUACCAGCUGGGCGACGAGGCCCUGCUCAAGUUCCGGGAGGACGAGGGCUUCGUGCGGGAGGAGGAGGACCGGGCCUUGCCGGAGAACGAGUUCAAGAAGCAGAUCUGGCUUCUCUUCGAGUACCCGGAGAGCUCCAGCCCGGCCCGGGGCAUAGCCAUCGUCUCGGUCCUGGUCAUCUUGAUCUCCAUCGUCAUCUUCUGCCUGGAGACCUUGCCCGAGUUCCGGGACGACAGGGACCUGAUCCUGGCCCUGGGCGCGGGCGCGGGCGGGCCCGCGGGGCUGUCCAACGACACCUCGGCGGCGCGCGCGGAGGGCGCGGGGCACACGGUCUUCAACGACCCCUUCUUCAUCGUGGAGACGGUCUGCAUCGUCUGGUUCUCCUUCGAGUUCGCCGUGCGCUGCUUCGCCUGCCCCAGCCAGGCGCUCUUCUUCAAGAACAUCAUGAACAUCAUCGACAUCGUGUCCAUCCUGCCUUAUUUCAUCACGCUGGGCACGGACCUGGCGCAGCAGCAGCAGGGCGGCGGCCCGCAGCCGCCGCCGCAGCAGCAGCAGCAGCAGGCCAUGUCCUUCGCCAUCCUCAGGAUCAUCCGCCUGGUGCGGGUGUUCCGCAUCUUCAAGCUGUCGCGGCACUCGAAGGGCCUGCAGAUCCUGGGCCACACGCUGCGCGCCAGCAUGCGGGAGCUGGGCCUGCUCAUCUUCUUCCUCUUCAUCGGGGUCAUCCUCUUCUCCAGCGCCGUGUACUUCGCGGAGGCGGAUGAGCCCACCACCCACUUCCAGAGCAUCCCGGACGCGUUUUGGUGGGCUGUGGUGACCAUGACGACCGUGGGCUACGGGGACAUGAAACCCAUCACCGUGGGGGGCAAGAUCGUGGGGUCCCUGUGCGCCAUCGCGGGCGUCCUGACCAUCGCCCUGCCCGUGCCCGUGAUCGUCUCUAACUUUAACUACUUCUACCACCGAGAGACCGAGAGCGAGGAGCAGACGCAGCUGGCGCAGGGCGCAGUCAGCUGUCCCUACCUCCCUUCCACCCUGCUGAAGAAGUUUCGGAGCCCCACCGCCUCCUCCCUGGGAGACAAGUCAGAGUACCUGGAGAUGGAGGAGGGAGUGAAGGAGUCCCUCUGUGCCAAGGAGAAGUGUCCGGGGAAGGGGGGCGACGGCGAGGCGGAGAAGAACAGCUGUUCCNCGCCGCGCCCCCGGCCCGGCCUCUCCGGAGCCGCGUUCGGGCGGAGAGAGUGCGGCUGGGCCGGGGAGACGUGCAGAUGA